CACGGUCGAAAACGCUUCUAAAAGCUCUAAGAUAGCCAGUUCUCAGACGCUUGGCCGACGAGUAGGAGGCGAAGAUGUCGGAGCGGAAAGUUUUAAACAAAUACUACCCGCCAGACUUUGACCCCUCAAAGAUCCCCAAGCUCAAGCUGCCGAAGGACCGGCAGUACGUGGUGCGGCUCAUGGCUCCCUUCAACAUGAGGUGCAAGACGUGCGGAGAGUACAUCUACAAGGGGAAAAAGUUCAACGCGCGCAAGGAGACCGUGCAGAAUGAGGUCUACCUGGGGCUGCCCAUCUUCCGCUUCUACAUCAAGUGCACGCGCUGCCUGGCUGAGAUCACUUUCAAGACAGACCCCGAAAACACAGACUACACCAUGGAGCACGGAGCCACGAGGAACUUCCAGGCCGAGAAGCUCCUGGAGGAGGAGGAAAAACGUGUGCAGAAGGAGAGGGAGGACGAGGAGCUGAACAACCCCAUGAAGGUGCUAGAGAACCGCACGAGGGACUCGAAGCUGGAGAUGGAGGUGCUGGAGAACCUGCAGGAGCUGAAGGACCUGAACCAGCGGCAGGCACAUGUGGACUUCGAGGCCAUGCUGCGCCAGCACCGCCUGUCGCAGGAGGAGCGGCGACAGCAGCAGCAGGAGGAGGACGAGCGAGAGACGGCGGCCCUGCUAGAGGAGGCUCGGCGAGGCCGGCUGCUGCAGGACUCGGACUCUGAGGAUGAGGCUGUCCCCACUGUGCCCCGGCCUGCGGUCAGGCCCAGCCCCACCGCCAUCCUGCAUGAGGGUCCAAAGGCCAAGAGGAAGGUGGAUGGCAGAACACAGCUGGCAGGCCUGGUGGUGGUGAAGAAGGCAAAGAUGCAAGCGGAGAGUGGCCCAGGCAAGGAGAGAGCCCUAGGUGCCUCACAGCACAGGAUAGGGGCCGACCCUGUGCCUCCGACACCCGGCACCUCCUCCCUGAGCCAGCUGGGGGCCUACGGGGACAGUGAGGACAGCGAGGGCAGCAGCUGAGCCUCAGCCACACUCAGGAUGUCACAGGUCCAGCCGUGGCCACACUGGAGCCUCAGGAGCCAGUGGUCACCAUUGGAGGCCCAACACCAGCCAGAGCCACCACAGGACAUCGAGGCCAGUGAGGCCCCGCCCUUGCCCAGUGGCACCGC